CCCCGAGGCUCCUGGUUGUAACUCCUAGGCGGAAGCGCAGGGACUCAGAUGGUCCCCAGACGCCGAGGAUGCGGGUCCUGAGGCCCCCCACUCUCCUCCUGCUGAUCUCGGGGGCGCUGGUCCUGACCCCCAGCUGGGCCGGCUUCCACUCCCUGAGGUAUUUCUACACCAUCGUGUCCCGGCCCGGCCGCGGGGAGCCCCGCUUCUUCGUCGUCGGCUACGUGGACGACACGCAGUUCGUGCGGUUCGACAGCGACGCGGCAAGUCCGAGGGCGGAGCCAGGGGCGCUAUGGAUGCAGCAGCCGUGGGUUGAGCAGGUUUACCUCGGGUAUUGGGAGGAGCAGACCCAGAUCUUCAAGGCAGCCGCACAGACUUACCGAGGGAACCUGGAGACCCUCCGCGGCCACUACAACCAGAGCGAGGACGGGUCUCACACCUACCAGUGCAUGUUUGGCUGCGAUGUGGGACCCGACGGGCGCCUCCUCCGCGGGUACAGUCAGUGGGCCUACGACGGCGCCGACUACAUCGCCCUGAACGAGGACCUGACCUCCUGGACCGUGGCCAACCUGGCGGCUCAAAUCACCGGGCGCAAGUGGGAGGCGGAGGGUGAGGCAGAGCGUGUGAGGAGCUACGUGGAGGGCCUGUGUGUGGAGUCACUACUCAUUUCGCUGCUCAUUUACCUGGAAAAAGGGAAGGAGUCCCUGCAGCGGGCAGACCCUCCAAAGGCACACGUGACCCACCACCCCGUCUCUGAGCGUGAGGUCACCCUGAGGUGCUGGGCUCUGGGCUUCUACCCUGCGGACAUCAGCCUGACCUGGCAGCGUGACGGGGAGGACCAGACCCAGGACAUGGAGCUGGUGGAGACCAGGCCUGCGGGGGAUGGCACCUUCCAGAAGUGGGCGGCCGUGGGGGUGCCCCCUGGAGAGGAGCAGAGAUACACUUGCCAUGUGCAGCACGAGGGGCUGUCUGAGCCUCUGACCCUGAGAUGGGAGCCGCCUCCUCAGACCUUCAUCUUCAUCAUCAUGGGCAUCACUGGGGGCCUGGUUCUGCUGGGAUCCAUGGCUGGAGCUGUGAUGUGGGGGAGGAGGCGCUCAGGUGGGAAAGGAGGGAGCUACGCUCAGGCUGCCAGCAGUGACAGCGGCCAGGGCUCUGAUGUGUCUCUCUCAGCUUCUAAAGUGUGAGGCAGCUGCCUUGUGGGGACUGAGUGAUGGAAGAUGUGUUCACGCUCCCACUUCCUGACUCAAGAACCUCUGAUUGGGGCGCUGGCCCCGUCCUCCACCCCACACUUUCCUGUCCAGCAGAGGUGGUGCUGCGCCCUCACUAUCCCUGUCUUUAUUUCCUCAUGCUCUGAGCUGCAACCUCCUGCUCCAUAUUGAAAUGAGGUUUUGGAUGUGACCUGGUUUGUUCAUUUCUUGCGAAGAAGGGAGCUUGGGACACGGGACCAGCUUUGUGGGCUUAGCGAGGCCGAAGUCGGACCCGUUCCCGAGCACCUUUCACCUGAGAAGGUCAAGGUCCUUUGCAGAGCUUCUCUCACAGGCGUCGAGUGCGUCCUGCAGCACCUUUGUCAGCAAUGGCUGUCAUCCAGGGAAAUCGGUGAUGGUUGGUGAUGGCGCCUGUAGCAAGACUUGCUGCCUCAUUGUUCUUACAAGGACCGGUUCCCAGGGGUGCAGGGACCUCCGGUGCGUGGGAACGAGGGGGCAGACAGGAAAGGCGAUGGAGAGCAGGCCGAGUGGGUUUUGGGGUCACAGCUGGGCAGGAGGAGGAUGGUCGCUGGAGUUCCCUCUCCUGCCCAGACACUGAUGUUCUCCGGAUGUGUCUCUCCAUUGACAGCCCUGAGGGUUUCGAGAACAUCCCAGAAAAAUAGCCUCUGCAGGUCAAGCAUUUCUGUCCCCAUGAGCCCAUCGUCCUGGCUGGGAGCGAGAAGGAUCUUGGGAAGGAUGAGCCCACAGGAGGGAGCAGCCAAGAUGCAGCAGGAGCCAGUGAAACCGGAAGAAGGGGAGAGAUGCCACAGGACUGGCGCUUUUGGGGACACGGAGUGCUCAGCCAAGACCAAAGAUGGAGGGAGGGAGGUUUGGAAAUGGCCAAAGGAGCUGCUCUGCAAGCCAGACGCGGGAAGAAGAAAUCGGGGUGCCUGUGUGGAGAGCCUGCUGUGAGCAGUUUGGAAGCGCCGUUUAUUAAUCUUCCUGUAUGACUCCGGGCCUUGUUCAUUUAUCUGUAAUUUACCAGAGAUGACAAAUCAGAAGUCACCUUGCUACCAGUGCUUAGGAGCCAACCAUGAUUAUGAAGGAUCCAGCCCACCUGGCCCGGCGGGUCUCCUGCCACCGCUUUCCCAGCCUCCUCUGCGCUCCCACCUGACACACCAGGUGCGGAUUCAAGCAAUUCCUUCCCUUCCUGCUUCUUUCUAGAAGGAGAAAUGGUAGCUUUUGUGAGUGAGGCUGUAACUACUUCAUCACUCACCUGCUUGCCUGGCAUCUGUCAGUUGCCAGGGACUCUGGGAGCUGCCCCUUCAGGGCUGGACUCCUGAGCAGGUUUCCUGGUCGGGCCUCUGGAGGGGGCAUCCAGUUUCCCAACGUGCUCAGCAGAGAGGCCCAGGGCCUGCAGCUGUGGCUGUCACAGUUCUGUGCUUCAUGGUAGUUACCGCAUAGUCACUGUGUAAUGAGCGCCACCUAGUGUGUGUCCCCAAAACAUAAUAUAUCUACCCAACUAGAUGUAGUAUCCUAUAUAAUAAAAGGCUAAUUUGCAAA